AUGUCUCCUUCGUGGAUUUCAACACGACAUGUUGAUCCCGUUAAGGAGGGGAACGCUACAGGCACACCACCUUCAUCGCCCAUAUGCGUGUUCCUCCUCGUCGUCACAAUCGGCCUAGGAGUCGGUCUUGGAGUCGGUUUGACACGAAGCCAUGAACAGGAUGGAUCUGCUUCAACAGAACCCUCUCCACCUCUUGGAAACAUCACCAACGCAACGACAGGAACUUUCUGGAAACCCACAGCGGGAACACCGUGGCAGAUCGUGCUUGAAUACGCACUUAACGACACAUCGAUCGAUGUCCCCGUCUACGACAUUGACCUUUUCACCAACCCUGCCUCAACGAUUGACAGCCUCCAUGCUAUGAACAGAAGUGUCAUAUGCUACUUCUCUGCAGGAAGCUAUGAGGACUUCCGACCAGACUCGGGGAAUUUCACCAAAGAUGACUAUGCAAAGCCGUUGGACGGAUGGCCAGGAGAAUGGUGGUUGAACACAAACUCCUCUAACGUCCGCAAUAUCAUGAGGGCAAGAAUCGCAUUGGCAGCAAGCAAAGGUUGCGAUGGCGUUGAUCCCGAUAAUGUCGAUGGCUACGACAAUGAUACUGGGCUCGACCUCACCGAAGAUACUGCAAUCAACUACCUUACCUUUCUUGCUGUCGAAGCGCAUAGUCGCAACAUGUCGAUUGGACUGAAGAAUGCGGGUGGAAUUGUGAAUGCGACUCUUGACAUGCUACAGUGGGAGGUGAAUGAACAGUGUGGACAAUACGAUGAAUGCGAGGACUUCCAGCAGUUUCUUGAUGCUGGGAAACCAGUCUUCAGGAUUGAGUAUCCAAGUUCGGCCCCAGAUAUCAGCACCACUACAUUGGAUGGGAUUUGUAAUAAUACGGCUGCAGUGGGAUUUUCGACUGUGGUUAAGUUGAUGGAUUUGGAUAAUUGGGUGGAGUAUUGCUAGUCAACAGAUAAUCAAUGUGUAUUUGUCCAUUAGAGUUUCUCUCGAGCUUCUGUCCGCUGAUUUCCUAUUCCCUAAUGUUUUCAAAGAAAGCUCUUUCCACUUUACAACAUCAUACUGUAUACACACGCCUUCGCGUCAUAAUUCUCACAGCCACGGCGACUAAGCUCAAUAAUGGACAAAGUUGUUUGAAGAUGGUAAAAUCUUCAGACCACAAGAUCUAAUCUGCAUUGACCCUGGAAGAGGCCGAAUACCAUCUCAAC